GGAACGCAUAUAAUUGUUUCAUCAUCACGAAAUGUUAACUGUCGUCGUUGUCGUACGAAGCAAUCAGUGCGAGACGACUCCAUGUCAAAAAUACAAGAGAUCACCAGCACCCAAAGGGGGCCUGAACUGAGUUAUUUUGUAGUUGAGUAAUAAAUUACGAAGAUGAACAGAACUAAAAAGGCCAAACUCUCGCAUAUACUGUCACUGAAUUGUGCAUUAUUUUCUUGAAACCUUGUUAUACAUGGCAUGUUAAUUUAUUUUGAUAGUAAUCCUGAGUAUGAGUUGAGUAUUUUAAUGGCUUAUAGAGAUAAUCAUAAAAAUUCUAAAACCUCACAUUUAUGUUAUUUUCUUUUAACAUUAUAUUACAGUUUUGCUUUUUAUUUGUCUAUUUAUUCAUUUUUUAUCCUCAUUUUGGUGGACUUUCUUUUAGAACUGUUACAACUGAUGAAAAAUCAUUGGUCGUCUAAGAGGGUAUCAAACUCUGCAGCUGAAAUGACUGCUUUCAAACUUUAUUUAAAUUUUACACUUGACUGUUAUGGUUUUGCGUUUUGUAAAUAACAAAAUUCACUCUCCUAUAUGGGUUUUUCUCAAAUCUAUCACCAAGUAGGUGAGUAGUCCAUGCCCGAGUCAAGGUCAGCAGUUUUGGAAUGAAUCCAGAGGAGCUCAGUGUUGCGUGUCUGCUUGGCCUCUAGUCACUUUCACUGAGUUUUCAUCUGACCUUACACCAACCUCUGUAGAUUCAGAAGAAAGCGUGUUUGUAACUUUGAAUGAAGGAGAGGCAGAACUGAAUGCGGGUUUCCCCCUGCUGCAUGCUGGAAGUGACCGCCCCCAGCUGAGAAGGCACUGCAGCAGCUCUGCUUCGGAGGGAUGGGGCUCGUGGGCGUGGUCAUGGGUGGAGGGUGGGACUUUGGGCGGUGGCAGACGCCCCCUCGGUGGAUGUAAUAUUCAAUGAGCUCCGAGCAGAGGACAUCAUCAAGGGGCAACUUGACAGCAACAACAAGCAGUUCAUUCAUUUUCAGAGCGGCGGACAUGCCUGGUGGACACUUCAGGUUCCCUCCUGAUAUCGGGACGGAGAGUUGUUCCACUUUCCUCCUCCGGCGGCCAAACUUUUCACGUCCGUAUCGUUAUGGAGCCGCUGUGGACGGACACCGGCGCUCCGGUACGGCAUGCAAAUACGUACUCUGACGUCGGCGAUCAUGUGGGUUUUGGCGUAGAUCCUCCUUGUGAUCGCCAGUUUUUUCCGUUCCCUGUCGCCUGUUGUCUCGUCAAGCUAUUGGGCCGCGUCGAGACUCUUUCUAACCCUUUCGGCGUGUUUGCUGCUCCAUCGGUCGCUUCGGGAUUGUACCGCGCUACCUGAACGUCGCGUCAAGAAGGGGUGGGCAGGCAGCAUCCCGUCAUGAAGACCCAGAAGAUCGCCCAUUGCUGGAGCUGACACCGUCAACAGGUCCAGGCCACGCUGUUCUACGAACAGUUCUUCAUCCCCCAUUAUCCUGUUUGGUCUCACCACUAAUAAUAAGGCAUUUCUUUGACGUCUCCUUGUGACUGAGCAUAGUCCCAGAAGGUCCUGGCUUGGUCCGCAAUAGGUCUGUCUGGUAGUGCUUCAGCCACUCCUGACCUGCAACUUGGGAUCCUGAGCAAAGGCAACUUAAACCACAUCCCUAACCAUCGAGGGUCUGAAAGCAUCAUGUCAAGUCGACGCAAGGCUUCCACCCCCUGCAUGAUCCGACCAGAGCAGACAUGGGUGGAGCUGGAUGAUGAUGAGGAUGAAUCACACAAAAUGGAGGUAACAGAAAACCAUGUUCAGGAGGCACCUAUGAAUACAGCCCAUCCUGUCCAAGCAGAGCCACCAACCGAUUCGGAUGUAACAGGCAAAUCCUCAGACCCCCCCACAGGUCCUGACAAACCACAAAAGGAGCCGCCAGACCCCUCCAAACAUCAGCGCAGACAGCAGGGGGGCUACGAGUGCAAAUAUUGCACCUUCUCCACACAGAAUCUUAACACUUUUAAAGAACAUGUGGACUCCAAUCACCCGAAUGUCAUCCUCAACCCACUGUACCUGUGCGCUGUCUGCAACUUCAACACCAAGAAGUUUGAUACCCUAACAGAGCACAACGAGAGGUGUCACCCUGGGGAGAGCAACUUCAAAUUCAAGCGCAUCAAAAUGAACAACCAGACAAUCCUGGAACAGACAAUAGAGGGCUGCAGCAACAACGCAGUCAUUUACAACACGUCGGGUUCACUUGCUGGCAAAGGGGACAGAGUGGACACCCCCCCACUCAGCAAACCCAACACAGUAAAAACUGCAAAACCAAAAACCUUUUCUACAGAUACCAAACGGACAGAAUCAGAGAGAGGUAAACUGACCCCUGAUCUUGCCAAGAAACCAAUAACGGCGCUCAAUGUGAACGGGACGGUUAUCAUCCCAGAGUCGACUCUGCUCAAGGCAGACAGCCUUUCUCACAUCAUGCCUUCUUUACAGCAGCCUAUAAAUUACACCCAGGUGCCGAAGAUCGCAGUGCCCUUGAACACGACCAAAUACAACCCGUUCCUGGACGACAACCUGACACUCAUCUCCUCCUUCAACAAGUUCCCCUACCCGACACAAGCCGAGCUCUCCUGGCUCACUGCGGCCUCCAAACACCCAGAGGAGCAAAUCAAAGUCUGGUUCACCACACAGCGGCUCAAACAGGGCAUCAGCUGGUCACCUGAAGAGGUGGAAGAAGCGAGGAAGAAAAUGUUUAACGGCACCAUCUCGUCAGUGCCUCAGACUCUAACCGUUGUGGCUCCACAAAUUAGCUCCAACUCCUCCAGCAUCCAGGCCGCCGACACCACAGCCUCCAAACACCUGCCGUCUGCUGCCUCUGUCCUCCAGUCCGUCCCCUGCCAGAUCCUGGGACAGAACAGCCUGGUGCUGACUCCUGUAGCCAAUGGCUCCAGUGUCACAUGUGCACCGCUGGCGCUCACAGUGGCUAACCAGGUGGCACAGUCACUCAAGCGACCGCUGGCCACUCCUGUGAUCGCCACAGAGAGUAAGCGACCCUCCAUCAUUCAGACCCUCUCGGCACCAACAGGCAUGUUGAAGCUGGCAUCGUCCAAAAUGCUGAGUUUCACAGCAGACCCAAACAAAACGGCCGAGCAGCUGUCAGUGCUGCGGUCCAGCUACACACAGUGUCCUUUUCCUGAGGAAGAUGAGAUCUACAGGCUGAUAGAGACCACGGGACUGUCCAGGGGAGAGAUAAAGAAGUGGUUCAGUGAACAAAGGCUCCUCAAUCUCAAAAGUGUAGGAUCUUCACCCGUGCUGGUGAGAGCUGAGGCAUCCGCACCUGUUCCAGAUGGCCCCGUUAAGAAAGCUGUCCCGAGCCAGUUUCCCCUGCUGGAGAGAGUGAAAGGGAAGUCAUCGGAGCAGCUCAAGGCGCUGGAGGAGAGUUUCCAGAGAAGCAGCUCGCCGACGGAAAAGGAGCUCGGUAAAGCCCUCACCGCUUCCACAAACCAGCUGGCUCAGGAGACAAGGCUGUCGAAGACGGAGGUGGACUGCUGGUUUUCAGAGCGCUGCGCCCUGAGGGACAACAUGGAGAAGGUUCUGCUCACCAUGGCCUCCAAGAACACGGAGGACAGACUGGAGCGAGUGGGAGGGUCGCUGCUAAAUGGGGGUUCUCACCGAGAGCAGUAUGGGAAGACUCUUCGCUCCUCUCCUCACCCACCUGUCCUCUCCUCUUCCUCCUCGUCUUCCUCCUCCCCGCCGGUGCUCGCAGUUUCCUCUCCUCAACCUCCAACAAAUUCCUCUUCAAGAUCUCCUCCCAUCCUAAAGUCUUCUUCUCCACAACCCCCCCUCCUGUCAGUCUCCUCAAGCCCGAUGCCCAUCUCCAGCUGCUCACUGGCCCUUCUCAGGGAGAUGUUCUGUCAGACUCAGUGGCCAUCCCCCGAGGAGUACAGCCAGCUGGAGCUCCAGACAAACCUGGGCCGCACCGAUAUUGUCCGCUGGUUCAAGGACCACCGCUCAGCCCUGAAGAACGGCGAGACUCUGGACUGGAUGGAAGCUCUCCAAAAGGAAAACCUUGCUGAGGAGCAGAAAACCGGCCAACAGCAGAACGGUCAGAUCUCUGAGAACAACCGGAGUGUUUCCUUGGAGGUCAAGGCUGUGAAUGUGGAGGAGGCCAGUGGGAAUGUAGCAGCUGCAGAGAACUCCAAACUGUCCAGCCAAGACAAAGGGCACUGGUUGGCCAAGCGACUAACCCAGGGUGUGACCGAUCUGAGCCGAACCAGGAAGGACCAGAACAACUGUGGAGCUUCUGACAAAGGGAGGUGGGUAAACGUCACUGUUGGUGCUGGAGAGGAGACUGAAGGAGUGGAGAGACAGAGGCUGGCAACCGAUGCAGGUGUUCUGACUAUGGAGCAACCAGGAAGGGUGACUGGUUGAUGGGAAAGUAAAUCUUUUAACGCCAGUUCACCAGCCAUCGUGAGGCAAGUCAAGACGACCGAUCAGAUACGUGGUGUCAGUGAUGUCAUCACCAUGCGCCAGGGAUGGUUGGGUUUCAGUGUGGAAGCACUGAGGUGAAGAAUUGACGGGAAGAGGAGUGCCAAAGCUGGACUUGAUGUAGAUCUCCCACUACUAUUUUUUUUUGUCUAACAUUUCUGUAAAUAUGUUUGUGAAACAGAGUAAACAUUCUGUUCAGGUUCACUGACAGCCGGCAAGCUUUUUCUUUUUGUUUUUUUGAUGACUGAAUGUUUUCCCAGAACCUGGAAUGUUAUUGGUUGCCGUAAUAAGAUCAAAAUGUAUUAUAGUUUAUUUGCUGGAAAUCCCCCUUUCAAAAAAAAUAAUAAUAAUCAACGCAUUUUGCUCAUUAUGAGCAGAUUUUGAUGGCACUUGCAUAUUUUCUUGUUGUAGUGGUAGAUGUUCUCGUACCAGGCUGCUUUCAAAUGCCUUUAGGGUGACACAAUGCUGACUCAAAUGUGCAAAAUGGGCGAGUAGGAGGACUGUGCUGCCGAGGAAACUAACGCAUUGAGCACACACUGAUUAGCAGCCAUGGUCCAGAUGCUUUAACAAACCUAUCUACAGUUUAAGAAUCUUGUCCGCUGUGUUCAUAAGGCUGAACCGGAACAUAAUGUGCACAUUUCUACAGAGAACUGAUAAAUCCCGGAGAAUGCAGGGUCUGUUGGACACCAUGCUGCCUUUCCUGCUCGUACCUGUUGUUUCCUGUCUACUUCACAUAAAGGGAGCAGAGUGGGGUAUGAUUUCAGCUUCAUGGCUCUAUGUUGUAAUUCUUAUUGGCUGAACCUGCCAAAAGCCUUUCUUUUUUUGUUUUUUAUUCUGUGAAACUGCUACAUGCACUCUAAAUAAUCCAAGCACCUUUAUCUGAGCCUUUUCAUAUAUCCAUGUUGUUUAGCUGUAAAUACACCUCAUGUCUUCUAUCUAGGCUUACUAGCUUUAGAUUCAAGGUGUGAUUGAAUUUCCUUCUGUUGUUCCUGUAAACACAUUUAAAACCGGAGGUUAAUGAAUGUCAGAGAUACGAGUUGUAAAAGGCAGUUGGAAUGUCACAAGUUUCAAGAGUAUCUGUUUUGGUUUCAUUCUGAAUUGUCGUUUAAAUUGACCUCCAAUUUCUACAUGAAUGAAAGGCACAAAGUAAAGGGGGGAGCUGUAAUUUAACAUCAGCGGGUGUAUGACUGUACGCCGACUGCAUGCUGGUUCCUGCUGCUUUAGGUUCACCGUCUCUAAUACUAAACAUUGUCUUGACGUGUACAGGAUUACUGCUUGCAUUUUCAUUUUCUACCUAUAAGGCUGAUGCAAUUCAAUAAAAGGUUCAAGGUGACUUUAUUGAUACCUGCAGGUAGGUUUGUUUUGCAGUGGUUCAAAACAUUCACACCUUGCAUACAAACACCCCCAGAACAAUUCAAGAAAAUAUAACGGGGCUGAAAGUGCUCCACAAAUCAAAGCAGGACACAGAAGAGGACAGUAAGACUUGCAAAUAAGAUAAAUACUUGAGGAUAAAAAUCUUCAUAAAACCAAUGAGCAAAGACUGUAAAACUGACAUAAUCUUGACUUUAAAUCUAUUAUAAUCCAUAUAGUGACGGUAACAUUUCAACUUGUUCAGUUAUGGCAGAACAAAGCUAUUUAUAAAACGUCUGCUCCUACACUUUGGGACUAAGAAUCAGUUGACAGAGCUGCUGGCCCCUUUCAAGGUUGCAGAUUUUAUAUCAUUGGAUACUUAUUUGAAUGUAUUAAAUGGUAAAUGCACUUGUAUAGCGUUUUAUGAAGUUUGAGGACUCUAAGGUGCUUUACACCAUAAUCAGGCAUCUACACACAUUCACACACUGACUGGUAGGCUAGAUUGUAGCCACAGUUUCCCUGGAGGAGACUGACCGAAGUGGGGUCUGCCAUACAAUCGGCACCACUGAACCCUCUGACCACUAUUGGCAGGCAAGCCGGGUGAAGCGUCUUGCCCCCAAGGACACGACUGACGGGUAGAGCGGAGCUUAGAACCGACAACGCACCGGUUACAGGACGAACCACUACUACCUGAAUCCUUGUCGACCCUUAAGAUGAUUUUUAACAUUGCAUUGCAAAAAUAUCCAAACACUUUUUUUUUUUUUCUUUAUGAACUUCACAAUAUUUUAUUGGAAUUUUGUAUGAGGUACCAAUACAAAGUAUUGUCUUAUUGUGAUGUUAAAGGAUACAUGGUUUUGAGAACAUUUUACAAAUAAAACUGGGGCUGGCUUCUGUAUUGAGCCCCCGAGUCAAUAUA